GAUAACACUCAUGGCUGAGCACACCUGUCCAGAACAAAAAGGUGAAGUAUUUUUCUGUUCUUACCUGAAUUUAACGAAGUUUCUCUGUGGAAAAGUUUGCUUUGUGGAAAAGACAAGAGUGCGAAAAUUCUCAGUUAAUCUAUCUGAACCAAGAUCACAGAAAACGUGAAAACCAUUGGGAGUGACAAUGAGCACCAAGGAAGAGAAGACAGUCAAAGGGAUGACAGAUUCUUCCAUCUGCCUCCUCCCCGAGAAGCACUUUUUGUGCCUUCUCUGCAAAGACAUCUUCACCAACCCAGUGACCAUCCCCUGUGGACACAGCUUCUGCUUGUCUUGUCUCAGCCAGUUCUGGACUCAACGCCAAUCCAAAUACUGUCCUGACUGUAGAAGAUUGUUUGCCAAAGCGCCUGACCUCAGUGUCAACCAUAUUUUGGCAGAUAUUUCCGAAAAUUAUAGAACAGCACGACCUCAGAAACCACUGGAAGAAGAGAAGGUUAUAGACGUUAAGCAAAUGAUCAAGGACAGGCUGCAGAAAAUAGAGAGGCUAAAAUAUUCUCUGGAUGUCCAAAAGAGUUCUUACCUGCGUGAGGUGCGUGAGAGUCAAAAGAUCUUCUCGGCCCUGGUGUGUGCUAUGGAGGAAACUCAUAAAGCUGUUGUCACUGCAAUUGAAAAGAAACAAAAGGAGCAAGAGCAAAUAGUGCAAACACUGAUAAAAGACAUCAAGGAAGAGAUUGAGCAGCUGAGGAACCACAUGAAUCAACCCGAUCCUCAGGUUUUUGAUCAAAAUGACGACAUGAAGCAGGUCGUCUCACCCACUAACAUGAAGGACUGGUCCAAGGUCAGCAUUGAAACAGAUCCUUGUGUUGGAGUCACAAGAAGAGCAAUGUCAGACAUCUUGGAAAAAAUUAAAUUAGAAGUCAACAGGCUUUCCAAAGCUGAACUAAGAAGACUUGAGAAGUAUACAGUGGAGGUGAACCUAAGUGGAAAGACGGCACACCCUUUCCUUUCUGUCUCAGAUGAUCGGAAACGAGUGAGGCACACCGACAAGCUUCAGGAGGUUCCGGAUCAUCCCACACGCUUUGACCGUGUGGCCAAUGUACUGGCCAAGGAAGGCUUCAGUAGUGGGAGGUGCUACUGGGAGGUGGAGGUUGGUGACAAGAUUGAGUGGAACCUGGGCGUUGCCAGACAGUCCAUAAACAGGAAGGGCAAGUUCACUGUUUGCCCGGCCAAUGGUUUCUGGACUUUGAGCCUGAAGAGUGGAGGCCAGUAUGUUGCCAACACCUCUCCGGUCACCUUUGUGGCUCUUGAGCAGCGGCCUAGAACCGUGGCAGUGUUUCUGGAUUAUGCCGAAGGCCGUGUGUCCUUCUACUGUGCCGAAUCAGGAGUGCACAUUUACACCUUCACGGAUAGGUUUAAAGACCAGCUUCACCCAAUUUUCAGUCCUGGACGUCUGCAUGGUGGCAAGAACACAGGUCCACUGAUCAUCACUUCAAGCUUCUGCAGCAUUUGAGCCUCUGUGUUUGACGUUCCCUCUUAGUAUUUAUUUGAUUCUGUCUAAUUUAUUAAAUGAGAUGUAUAUUGUACAAUCUUCAAUAAACCACAUAUUAUUCUGUGAAAA